AUGGAUGUCAUCAGCAUUGACAAGACUGGAGAGAAUUUCCACCUGAUCUAUGACACUAAGGGCCGCUUUGCUGUUCAUCGUAUUACACCUGAGGAGGCCAAGUGCAAGUUGUGCAAAGUGAGGAAGAUCUUUGUGGGCACAAAAGGAAUCCCUCAUCUGGUAACUCAUGAUGCUCGCACCAUCCACUACCCUAAUCCCCUCAUCAAGGUGAACGACACCAUUCAGAUCGAUUUGGAGACUGGCAAAAUUACUGAUUUCAUCAAGUUUGACGCUGGUAACUUGUGCAUGGUAACCGGAGGUGCUAACCUGGGAAGAAUUGGCGUGAUCACCAACAGGGAGAGGCACCCUGGUUCUUUUGAUGUAGUUCAUGUGAAAGAUGCCAAUGGCAACAGCUUUGCCACCCGGUUCUCCAACAUUUUUGUAAUUGGCAAAGGCAACAAACCAUGGAUUUCCCUACCCCGUGGAAAGGGUAUCCGCCUCACCAUUGCUGAAGAGGGAGACAAGAGACUGGCGGCUAAACAGAGCAGUGGGUGA